AAUAAAAACAAGAAGAAUUUUAUAGCAAAAUUGGGAAAUUGAUUUUUAAGAAAAUAAUUAUAUAUUUCUAACAGUCUUAUUACAUCUACUCUCCAAAAAGGAUACGUAUAAUAUAUAUUCACAUCACUGGAAGCCAAGAAAGUAGGCGUGGUAUUGUAGUAUUGCAGUUAUAAGAGUCAAAGAGUGGGAAAUUUUCAGAAUUAUUCGAGUUACGAGACACGACGAUCAUCGAGGUGUUAUGCCUCCUGUGAUCCUUGAACAUUCAGGGAUUGUGCAUGUCGCUCAAGAUGAAUCCACAUCAUUAGUUUGUGUCUCUCAAGCUUGUCCCACACCAGAAUACAGGUGGUAUGCUCAAACCGGAGCUGAGCCAAUGUUGGUACUACCUGGUCCAAGAACAAGAUUACUGGGGCCUGUUUUGGCCAUUGAAGCUGUUACUUUAGAAGAUAAUGGAGUUUAUAGAUGUACAGCUGCAAAUCCUGGCGGUGAGGCUAGUGCGGAAUUAAGGCUAGUUGUAACGGCACCUUUAAACGUGGAAGUGACACCUGCCCUUUUAAGUGUUCACUUGGGAGGAAAUGCAGAAUUUAGAUGCGAAGUUGGUACUCAUCCCCAGGCUGGACCACAUUUUGUAACAUGGUACAAAGAUGGAAGACAACUUCCAGGAACGGGGAGACAAUCAGAGUUGUUGAGGUUAAAUGGUAUUGGCAGAGAAGACAGAGGAAUGUACCAAUGUAUUGUUAGAAGAUCUGAGGGUGAUACUGCACAGGCGUCAGCUGAAUUACAACUAGGAGACGCACCGCCGGUUCUUCUCUACUCAUUUAUAGAGCAGACACUACAACCUGGACCAGCAGUGUCGUUGAAGUGUUCAGCCGCAGGGAAUCCCACCCCUCAAGUUUCCUGGGCUUUGGAUGGUUUCCCUCUGCCCACCAAUGGAAGAUUUGUGAUAGGUCAGUACGUCACUGUUCAUGGUGAUGUCAUUUCCCAUGUCAAUAUCAGUCACGUUAUGGUCGAAGAUGGUGGUGAAUAUUCAUGUACAGCUGAAAAUCGAGCGGGCAAAGUGACUCAUUCUGCACGCCUCAAUGUCUAUGGUCUCCCAUACAUUCGUCUCAUUCCAAAAGUAACAGCCGUAGCAGGAGAAACUCUUCGUCUUAAAUGUCCAGUCGCCGGCUAUCCAAUCGAAGAGAUAAAAUGGGAGCGUGCUGGUCGUGAAUUACCCGAUGAUCUACGUCACAAGGUCCUACCCGAUGGCACACUAAUGAUCAACAGUGUUCAAAAAGAAUUUGACACCGGUUCAUAUACAUGUUGGGCACGCAACAAACAAGGACACAGCGCUCGAAGAACCGGCGAAGUUGCAGUAAUCGUACCCCCUAUAAUUGAGCCAUUUACCUUCCAAGAGGGACUUUCCGAGGGGAUGCGGACGCGGACGGUGUGCGGGGUCGCGGCGGGUGAUCCUCCCUUAACUAUUUCCUGGCUAAAAGAUGGCCAAAGUCCCUUUCCCCUACCACCAAAAUUGGCCUCAGUCGCUAAUAUUUCCCAAUUGGAUCCUUAUUCGAGUCUUCUCAGUAUUUCCAAUCUUGCGGCCGAGCACUCCGGUGAUUAUACAUGCGUCGCCGCGAACCCCGCCGCCGAGGUCAGGUACACGGCCAAGCUUCAGGUAAAAGUGCCACCACAAUGGAUCGUCGAGCCUAUUGACGUUAGUGUUGAAAGAAACAGACACGUUUCUUUACAUUGUCAAGCACAAGGUGUGCCAACUCCCACCAUUGUUUGGAAAAAGGGAACAGGUGGUAAAACAGGCGAGUAUGAGGAGCUGCGAGAAAGAGCAUAUACGAAACUUCUUCCAAAUGGCACUCUAUUGCUUCAGCACGUUAAAGAAGAUAGAGAAGGCUUCUAUCUUUGCCAAGCUAGCAAUGGUAUUGGAACUGGCAUUGGAAAAGUGGUGCAGCUUAAAGUCAAUUCUUCUCCAUUCUUUGCGGCUCCGUCUCGCCUAGUAACCGUUAAAAAAGGUGAUACAGCGACUCUUCAUUGCGAAGUACAUGGUGAUAAACCUGUUACUGUCACAUGGUUAAAAGGUGGUAAAAUUGAAUUAAAUCCAUCGACAAAUUAUCGGGUAACAGUGAAGCAGGAAAUAACUCCGGACGGAGUUGUUGCCCAAUUGCAAAUUGCAGCAGCGGAAGCUUCUGACAGUGGAGCUUAUUUUUGUCAAGCUAGCAAUUUAUAUGGUCGCGAUCAACAAUUAGUACAACUUAUUGUACAAGAACCACCAUUACCACCGAGUGGACUGGAAACUGCAAUGGUUGCCAGUCGUAGUAUCAAUGUAAAGUGGCAACACAAAUCUCAAGACACUAGUGAAGUGACCAAAUAUAUUCUUCAAUAUAAAGAAGGAGAAGGUUUGUGGCAACAACAAGAAUUAACUGGACCUCCACUGCCUUAUGCUGCUUUAAUUGAUGAAUUGAAACCAGCUACAAAGUAUACAAUUCGAGUGAUUGCUGAAGGCCCCGCUGGAAGAUCAACACCCUCCGCUGAACUUAUCGUGAGAACUGAGCCACAAAGACCAGCAGGCCCACCAAUUAAUUUAGUAGCAAGACCUCUGUCCUCGACAGAAAUGUUGGUCACAUGGUCACCUCCUCUUCCUGAACUUCGACAUGGCGAUGUUCAAGGUUUUAAUGUAGGAUACCGAGAAACAAACUCAGGAAAUCCAUCUUACAAUUUCACCUCAGUCUCUGGAGACGGUGAGGAAGGUGGAGGAGAACUUCGUCUCUCGGGACUUCGACCUUAUACGAGAUAUACUCUGGUAGUCCAAGCUUACAAUCAAGUUGGAUCUGGACCUCUCUCAGAACCUUUAACAUCGCAGACACUUGAGGAUGUUCCAAGCACACCACCUGAAGAUGUAAGAUGCGCAGCACUGACAUCUCAAUCUCUCCAAGUUUCAUGGCAACCUCCACCUAAUUCUCACAGUAAUGGAAUUAUUCAAGGAUAUAAACUUCAUUAUGAGCCACUAUUAGCCGAUAUGUGGCGCGGAGUCGACGAGAUGGAGGUGCGGAAAACAAAUGCUUUGACAACAGUUUUAACGGGGUUGAGAAAGUUUACAAAUUAUAGUAUUCAAGUGUUGGCAUUUACACGAGUUGGCGAUGGAAUUCCAACGCGAGUAACAUUAUGUCACACCGAGGAAGAUGUUCCAGGUAGUCCAGCGGACAUUAAAGUGGUUGUUAGUUCACCGCAAGCCCUCUUCAUCUCAUGGCUACCGCCCCUUGAACCCAAUGGUAUCAUUACAAAGUACAAUCUAUACACACGGGUUGUUGAUGGACGAGAAGAAUUGAAUCAUGGAAAGAGAACAUUGCCAGCAACGAAUACUUAUUUUGAGGCAACAGGUCUUCAACAGCACAUUGAGUAUCAAUUUUGGGUAACCGGAAGUACACGUGUUGGUGAGGGUCAAAGUUCUAAAGUUGCUGCACAAGUUCCCACGAAUCGUGUUCCGGCGAGAAUAACUUCUUUUGGUGGUCACGUAAUUAAACCUUGGAGAGGGUCGGCAACACUCACGUGUAAUGCUGUUGGCGAUCCAACGAGAGAAUGGUUCAAAGGAAACACCGAACAAAUUCACACUGAUACAUCAAGAAAUAUUCAAAUUUUACAAACUGGAGAACUUGUUCUCUCGAGUCUUCAAACACAAGAUUCGGGAAAUUAUACAUGUCAGGUGGAAAAUUCUCAGGGUAGCGACAGAUUACAUUAUGUGGUCACUGUUCAAGUUCCACCAAGUGCUCCAGUUCUUUAUGUAACGAGUUCCACUGCCAGUAGUAUUUUACUUCAUUGGAAACCUGGUUUUAAUGGAGGAGCACCUCUUACCGGGUAUUCUUUACAUUAUCGCACAACUCAUGGGAAUUUGGAGGAAAUGCAACUAUCAAGAAGAGCAACAAGUCAUGAGUUAAAAGGACUUUUGUGUGGUAACACAUAUCAUCUUUAUUUAACGUCACACAAUAAAAUUGGAAAUAGUCCAUCUUCGCCCAUUCUAUCAGUACGAACACAAGGACAACCACCGGGAAUUCCACCAUCGGCAGCUUUUCUAGCUCCAAAUUCCACAACACUUGCUCUUCGUCUUCAUGUCUGGCCUGAUAAUGGAUGUCCAAUUCUCUAUUUCGUUAUACAAUAUCGACCAAUCAACGAAUUUCAUUGGACUUUGGUGUCUAACAGCGUCAAGAUGCAACGUCGAUUUAUUGUCACUAAUCUUGCGCCAAGUUCGGUUUAUCAGCUAAAAGUCGAAGCUCACAAUGUCGCCGGCAGCAAUGAAGCCGAAUUUACAUUUAUCACAUUGACGAAAGAAGGCGAGCCACCUCCUCCAGAACUCUCGAAACGUGGCUUUAUUGCAGGAAUACCAUUUUAUGCAGACGUGAAAAUUAUUUUGCCAUUGACGAUUGCUGCAGUGGCACUUUUUGCAGCUGCAGUUACUCUCGCUUUGCGUUGGAAAAACAGAUAUUCGGGGGACCGAGUACAGAGGCCGAUGAAGGAAUCUCAGGAGAAUCAACAGAACGCCGAAACCCAGAGGGAACGGUAUUAUGCCACUAUCCACAAGGUGGCUCUUCAGCAGGCCAACUCAGGAGGUCCAGAGAAGAUUCCAGGUGAAUCUUUGUUACGAUACGGACGAAAGACAGAGACAGCGGAGGACAUCUCGCCGUACGCUACGUUCCAGCUGUCGGAGGGUGGCGCGGGAGGCCUGGGAGGUCUGGGAAGUCUUGUCGGCGCGGAAGCCUCCGGGGGAGGUCUACAUUCCAACAACACUCUUCUUCACAGCUUCAUGUAUCACGAACACGCUAUGACGGAGGGGUGCGCGAGUCCUCCCCCAGCUGCGACGACAAUGAAGAGCGUGUCGUCCCGUCGACGUCAACAGAGGAAACAACACACUCCGGGGGACGUCGAGACCGACGAGAGCGAGUCUGACCCUGAUCAACUAACAAGUUCCAGAACGGAAUCAUCGAAUCAACUGGAUGCAGGCAAAUUGAAACACAUUCGAGCAGUUUCAGAUUUUAUAUAUCAUGGUACUUCGAGCACUUCGUCAGAUAUUUCACCCAUGUCAGAGCAGAAGUCGCUACCACGGAGAGGACGAUCUAGAUGGCAUGUUCCCAGCAGGAGUUCACUACGCACACUACUGCCUCCAAUAUCCGUUGCAGAAACCACUUUCGGUGGAAAUCAAUCAAAUCAGGGUGUUCAUCCACCAGGAAGUGACCGGGUCGAUCGACCGGAACUCAGCGAGGCCGAGUGCGAUAUUGAUUCUUUAAAAAAAUUAAAAUUAGGUCUCAGAAGUUCUCUAUGGUCGAGACCGGGAACUCAAAAUAAUCCCUCUUCUGAUUAUUCAAUCGCCGUUUAAAAACAAAAAGAAAGAAAUUUUUUUCCAAUAAAUCUACGUCGUCCUAAACAUUAACCCCAUGCCUUCGUCGUGUCUCAUACUCUUAAUAAUAAUAAUAAUUAAACAAAACAAAUGAAAAACUAUAUAUCGUUGCUAAAUUGCAACUUUGUAAAUAUUUGUCGUCAGCAGAUUUUUCAUCAACUCUUAUUAAUAAAUUCAUUUUAUUAUUUUUUUUUUUUAAAGCAAACAUUGCAGAGCAAUUUUUUGUUUUAACUGUAAAAUAAUUUUCUUUUAUCAUAUUCAAUCAAAAUGAAUGCAAAACUAAUAUUUUAAUGACACUAUUUAAUAUUUAUAUAUUAAAUAAAUGUUACAAUGAAUAUUAAUUAAAUAUUAAAUAUUUAUAAGUAUUAAUUAAAUAUUAAAUUUUUAUAAAUAUUAAUUAAAUAAUAAAUUAUGAAAUUCUUAUUUUAAUAUUAAUUAUAAUAUCCUCAACUUAAUCUUAAUACAUAUAUUUAAUAUUUCAUUAAUACCAAAUGAAGACAAGAUUUUUUUUUUAUAAACAAUGUGACAAUAAUUGCUGUACAGAUAACAUUGAAGAAUCUACUGAUGACUCUCGUAAUUUUUAAUUGUAUCGAUAAAUAAUAGUUUUCCCCCUAAAAAAAGAAAACGAAAGAAUUCUAUUAAACGAAUUUUAAGCAUUUUUUAUCCCAAAGAUCUUCCAUAAAAAGCACUUGGCUGCCAAAUAGGUACAAAUAUUAUUGCACAUUGAAUAUUUAAAUUUAAGUUUUCAAAAAUUUACAUUUAACUAAAUUUAAAAAAAAAAUAGGAUUAAAAGUAAAAAAUUUAAGUAAAAAAAUUUCCAAAUAUUCAAAUAUCGAUGAGUUAGGAGAAAAAAAUUUCAAAAUACAAAUUUAAAGGCAAACAAUUUUUAAAAAAGUCA